UCAUUUUCAAUAGCCCCUGAAAGAAGACGGCUACUUGUUGAGGAAGUGACGUCGUCAUCUUCUGCCUUUAGAGAUCUCUGUUUGUUGACUGAUUUGAACAUCACUAUUCAAGCACGGAAGUCAUUUUCUUUAUUUUGUCUGAAUUUUGAAGCAAUUUCAAGAUGGAGGAUAAUGAGGCAAUUGGCAGUCCUAUAGAUCAUGCUGCAGAAGAGUCUACAGAGGAGUCUAUGGAGCAGCCUUCUGAUGAUCAAGCUAAAGGAAAGCGGGGCAGAAACAAUUUGCGAUUCUGGUGUGAUAUUUGUAAAGUUUCAUGUGCGUCUGCUGUAAACCUUCAAACACACUUCAUUGGAUUCAGGCACAAAAUGGUUGAGGAAGCACUAAAACUACAUGCAUUUCCAGCUGCUAAUGAAAAAAAGUCUGAUAAUACUGAUGAUUCAGGCUCUUCUGAAAACCCCAAUGUCCGUUUGCCAGCUGAUGUAAUCAAAGAUUUAACUCGGCGGCCCAAAAAAAAAUUUCCGGGAGCUGUAGAAUGUUUGGAAGAUCAGCUAAACAGUUCAACUGAACCAGUGAUUGGCCUGGAUUAUGUGAUUGAGUACCGAUCAGAGUCUGACGUUCCCUACAUGUACGAGUGCACAAUCUGUAAAUGCACCACAGGAAUGACCAAUAUGUUUAUGCAUGUUGUUGGUUAUAAGCACAGAUAUGCUUAUUUGCAACUUAAGUACCCUGAAAUGGUUGGACCUGCUGCUCCUAAAUCAGGAUAUCCCAGAAUUCUCGAGAAGCUGAAGGAGAAAGCUGCAUAUAUUGAGAAAAUGGAAGGAAGACAGAGUCUGCAGGUUGUCACAGUUCCUGAUUCAAAGAAAAGAAAAAGAGGAAUGUGGCUGCAGGAUAGGCUUAAGGAACUUACAGCAGAAUCUGCAACUGGAGAUGAAAUGCUCGACGACUCAGUAAACAUUCUGCAACAGCGUCCUGAGCCAGAUUUUGAUAACAUUGAAGAUGCAUUCGAGGGAGAAUGGGGAGGACAGCCCAUAACACAGUUUAAUGUUCAGGAAGCUAAAAAGCCCAAGAAAGUGCAGGAAUCUCCUGGAAAGAAGAAAGAGGAGCAAAUCAGGAGUGCAAAAGAAAAUGAGUCAAAAAAUGAUUCAGGAGUCAAGGAAGGAGCAAAAUCUGUGAAUUCAAAAGAAAAUCAGGUUAGUUUCUUUUAA